AUGGCCGCCAAACGCACACGAACCCUCGGCACAGACACCGUGUCUAUCUUCCUCACAGCGACUUUGCCCACUUGGUCGAGGGGGCAGAUCUGGACACUGGAAACACACUGCCUCGGCCUAUCUCUGCCUUGUUUGAGAGCCAGAAAGCCGAGCAGCAGACAAGAUAAAUGGCCUUCUCAUCCGAGAGACCGAAUCUUCCCAGAUCACUGUAAUGAUAAUUUGCCUGCUGAUGAUGACGCUGACAUCCUUUCAGGUUGUGACCUCGAGCGUCUUCGUCUUACCUGUAGCCCCUCAGACGUGGCCUGUGAAGGCGUUUCAGUCGACCUGACACUCGAUCAUACAAAGGGUCGCGUCAUAAAAGGAAACCGCCUCUUUUCUGUUUCCCAUCCUCUGCUCCCCACCAUUGUCUCUUUCACCUCACGAGAGAGCAUGUCCAUUUGGGAUAUUUAUGCAAUGCGCCCCUUACCUGUACAUUUAUGGUUCAACAGAGGCUACCACUUGCGUAGGCGCCAGGGCAAAUCUGCUCAACUUCAUAGUCUUGAGGCUGAGGAAGUGUGCCCACGGCUGUACCAUGCAUAUCUGCCGUGUAGGCAUGCUUGUGUGUGCACAGUCGGCAUUGGGUGUGGAAGCAAGACCUAUUUGACGUCAGUCGUCGGACUGUCUGUGGCCGAAGUGGGGGGCAAUAGGCCACAGUUCAUGCAACAGGGCCAUCAUGGGGAUGCUGUAUCACCGGGCGGGCAUGGGUUCAACCAAGUUCAAAACAACACUAAACUGGCCUCUAGCAACGAAAUUUGCUUUCUUCUUCACAUCACACCAAACGAAGGGUCCCAAAGGUGCUCUCAUUACGCCAAAUCCAAUAACACUCCUUCUCCAACCAAUGUGAAGGGAAUAGCCAAGCUUCGUUUGGUCUAA